GGCGCGAUCAGACCCGGCUCCGCUCCUUAUUGCUUUAUUGACUGCCCGCAUCCUGAACGUCCUUUCUCUUUCUUCGUCCUGAGACGGCUUUAAUCGCCGUCGAUGGCUUCAAGUCUCCCAAUCCCUGAACCCCCCCGAACGCCGACGCCACCUCCAGAGGACCAAGACUUCAAUGCACCCGCCCACCAGCUAUUCAACCCAGAUGCGCUGUCGCCCAUGCACAACAGGACACAGCUUGAGCGAUCGGGAGGAAAUACCAUGAACUCCUCGCAGCCAGCAAGCCCAAUGAGCCCGACCUUCGGGUCCGCUUCAGGCGAUGGGAACAAUGGCAAUGCGAGCCUGGACCCUGGUCCUUUCAACUUCCAGCCAACUGUACUGGCCAAAACCCCUGUCGCGAAAUCUAAUAUCGGCCAGCGACGUGGUCACAAGUACAAACACAGUAGUGUAUCACACCAAAUCUUCCUCGAACCACCACCCCGAGCUCCUUUAGCUUUACCAGCGUCUUUACCAAUCCCGACACUGAAAGAAUGUCGAGGCAGCAUGUCAAAGGACCAGAAGACGAGGUUUUGGUGGAGCGUCUGCCACAUGUUAAUCGCUGGAUACACCUUGUGGUCCGCCCACGGCUCUCUUGCGAUGACAGCCCUGUCCCACCUUAUCCUAUUUGACUCCCUCGGUGCUCUGCUAUGUGUAAUUGUAGACGUCUUGGGCAACUUUGAGGUGUGGAAGCGCUCGAGUCUCCGCCAUCCAUUUGGUCUGGAGCGCGCAGAGGUUCUGGCUGGCUUCGCCGCCUCCGUUCUGCUUUUAUUCAUGGGUCUUGACUUGAUCUCCCAUAACCUGCAGCAUUGGCUAGAGGGUUCCUCGGGCCAUCAACCGCAUCACUCACAUGAGCAUGACCGGGCCACGGCCGGGUCAGUCGAUCUCGCAUCUAUCCUAGCCAUCGGCUCAACGCUGGUUUCUGCAAUUGGAUUGAAGAACCAUGCGCGAAUAGGCAAGUCCAUGCGCUUUGCAUAUAUCGAGUCCCUCCCCUCUGUUUUGAGCAACCCGUCGCAUUUCCUGACGCUGUCAUGCUCUGGAAUUCUUCUGCUGCUACCAUUACUCUCUGUUUCUCUUUACAAGAAGAUCGACAUGCUGCUGUCAUUGACCAUGGCUAUCUCGAUGUGUGUCCUUGGCUCACGCAUUGUGAAGACCCUGGGCUCAAUGCUACUCAUGUCAUUUUCUGGGCGUGGUGUCAGCCAGGUAGUGCGAGAUAUCCUUGCAGACCCUGCAGUUACUGCCGUCGAUGAGGCCAGAUUCUGGCAAGUCCACUAUGGACUGUGCAUGGCGAAUCUCAAGGUGAAGGUUAUAGGAUCUGAGGAAAGUCUGAUGAAGCUACGAGAAAGAAUUACAAGCCUUAUUAAGAACCGACUGGGAGGUGGUUACGGUUCAGGAGGGCAGAAGUGGGAGGUGACCUUGCAGAUUGCUGUAGAUCGAGCAUAGAUAUACCCUUAGAAUAGUUGAACAAUUGAAUAUACGC